GCCACCCCCGGCACGUGCAGGCCGAGCAGGGUGCCCGGCUCCCCGCCGCCCUGCCCGCUCGCUCCAUUGUUCAGCCCCAGCCCUGCUAUCGCCUGCAUCUCGCCCAGGUCCCAUUUUGCGGCGUGUAGGCAGAUCUGUAGAUUUGGAAGGGUUUUUUUUUUUUUUUUUUUUUUGAGUACAGAGUGACAGAUGGCGAGUCCUCCUUCCCCAGAGAGACAAAUCUCCCUGAAUGCAAGCGCAUGUCAAUCAUUAGCUCUCAUGUGAUAGCUCUCGCGCAUGACGUGCCAACCAUAUGGCACUGGCAGCAGAGCUGGUACCCCCUUUGCUGGGUAGAGAUGCCACUCUCGCCUCCUUUUGGAUAGAGGACUGCAGGAGGCUGGAGCACCUCAAGGAGCCGCGUCCUGGUCCCAGAAGAUGCUGGGAACAAUGAAAUAAGAAUUCCUCCAGUCAGCGCCGAAGCCAUCAUGUUGACGCGACUUUUCAGCGAGCCCAGCCUCAUCCCCGAAGUUCAGAAAUUCUCCAGCUGGGCCGAGGAGUGCGAGGAGGAUGCCCGCAGCGACAAGGAGGAGCGGAAGGGUAAGGGCUGCGCCCUCCCCGAGGAGCCGCCCGAGGGCUCGCUGGGGGAGAGCAAGGAGGAAGGGGAGCUAGGCGGGGACGAGGAGGAGGAGGAGGAGGAGGAGGAAGGCCUGGAGGAGGCCGAGGGCGACCGGCCCAAGAAGCGCGGCCCCAAGAAGCGCAAGAUGACCAAGGCGCGGCUGGAGCGCUCCAAGCUGCGGCGGCAGAAGGCGAACGCCCGCGAGCGGAACCGCAUGCACGACCUGAACGCGGCCCUGGACAACCUGCGCAAGGUGGUGCCCUGCUACUCCAAGACCCAGAAGCUGUCCAAGAUCGAGACCCUGCGCCUGGCCAAGAACUACAUCUGGGCUCUCUCCGAGAUCCUGCGCUCGGGCAAGCGGCCCGACCUGGUGUCCUACGUGCAGACUCUGUGCAAGGGGCUCUCGCAGCCCACCACCAACCUGGUGGCCGGCUGCCUGCAGCUCAACUCCCGCAACUUCCUGACGGAGCAGGGCCAGGAGGGGGGCCGCUACCACGGCCCCAACGCCUCCUUCGCCGUGCACCCCUACCCCUACCCCUGCUCGCGGCUGGCCGCGGCGCAGUGCCCGCCGCCCGCGGGGCCCGGCUCGCACGGGCUGAGGACACACAGCUACUGCGCCUCCGCCUACGAGAGCCUCUACGGCAACGCGUCCCCCGACUACAACAGCUCGGAGUACGACGGCGGGCUCAGCCCCCCCCUGUGCAUUAACGGCAACUUCUCCCUCAAGCAAGACUCUUCCCCCGACCACGAGAAAAGCUACCACUACUCUAUGCACUACUCGGCGCUGCCCGGCUCCCGCCCCGCCGGCCACAACCUGGUCUUCGGCUCGGCGGGGAUGCGCGGGGGGGUGCACUCCGAGAACAUCUUCCCCUACGACAUGCACCUCCCGCACGAGCGGGGCCCCAUGUACGAGGAGCUCAACGCCUUCUUCCACAACUGACCCCCCCCCCCACACCCCGGCCCC